AAAUGAAAAUUUGUUCGUUUGCUUUAUUUCCCUUAUUGUUUGUCGCUGCUGUGAUGAGAGCGAGAGCGUGCUCCACUUUCAGCCCCGCCACCUGCCCGCCCACCACCCCAGCUGAACAUGGAACAUGUUGCGUAGGGCGGGCUUUGCUGAGGUUGGCCAAGCGGCGGCCUGGCAAUAAGAAUCGCCAGCGUAGCGCACCCAGCUACUUGGAGCAGCAGCUGACGAAGAGGGAGCGCAUCACCAAGUUGCCAUUAGUGGGUGCUUUGGUGCAUAAGGCGCUGCAGGUGCGGGACACCGAGCCGUACGAAGCAGCUGAGCCGGCAGAGCAGCAGCAGCAGCAGCAGCAGCAGCAGCAGCAACCAGAGCGGGCAGAGCAGUCACAACAAAGCGAGCACGCCGAGCAGCCGAAACAGCCAGAGACAAAAACAGAGAAGUCAGCACAGCAAGCAAACGUAGAGCUCUCCAACAACAACAACAACAACACUAGUAACAACAACAACAACAAUAGCAACAGUAACAACGAGUGUAGUAAAGUCGAGAACGGAGCAAAAUUAAGCUGCAGGAUGGUCUUGCCUGUCGGCCUUGGCCCCGACGGCUACAACGCCGACGUCAUUCAGACUGCACCGGCGCCAAGUGCACCGCCGGCCCAUUUGAUGGGCCCGCCGCAGUACUCGAUUGGGCAGACAAAUAUUUACACGGGUGUGCCCAUCAUUGUGAAUCCCUACAUCGAUUUUAUUGUGGUCAAUGGCGAGGAUCGCUACAUGAUACGCUGCGAGCGCAAGUCGGUGCUCGAGCGCAGUGUCGAGUUGGCCAAGCUAAUUCACGCCGGCCCGAAUAGCGGGCGCAAAAGCGAUAAUCACUUUCAGAUCUCCAACGUGGACAAGGCCGACUUCGAGCUGAUUGUGCGCUAUAUGGAGAAGCAUUGCUUACCCUAUCGCGACCACAAGCAUCUGCUGAAGAUACUCGAGUUGGCGGAUCGCUUCAAUGUGCCCGAUCUGAUAAUUUACUGCAUUCGUGAACUUGAUCUCAGCAUUUCGAGUGCAACUGCCCUGGAUAUAUACAAGGCGCUCUGGUUCUACCAGGGCAUUGCGCUCACCACCCAGCACCAGACGGUGAUGACCACACACAAGCAGGCGUCGAAGGCGAAGGCGGCGGCCAAGCAGGCGGCCCAGGCCCAGGCCCAGGCGCAGGGCAAUGUGAAUGGMGCCGAGGGUGACGGGGCACAAAUGAAUCUUAUACCCAAUCCGAAUCCGUUUACCACCGAGGAUUAUGGCGUGGCGCUGCUGCACAACACGCUGCAGCUGAUCGAUAUGCAAGCCGAAAUGGUGCUCACCAUUCCGGACAUUCUGGAGCUGCGCUUCGAGGAGCUGGAGACGCUGGCCAAGCGCAACACACUGCAGCUGAGAUCCGAGGUGACGCUGUUCGAGUGCCUGGCCAACUGGAGUCUGGCGGAAUGCCAGCGCCGAAAGCUCGAUGCCACCCCCGACAAUCGCCGCAUGGUGCUCGGACCGCUCUGCCUGGCGCCGCGCUAUCUGCGCAUGACUGCAGACGAGUUCCGCAAAUGCUGCGACCGCAUCGAGCUGCUGCCCCCCCUGGAGACGUCUCUUAUAAGCAGAGCUCUCGAGGGCCAAAAACUGAAGAACCUCACUGAUCAGCAGUCGGAGCUGAUGGAAAAGUUUCGCACACCACGCGCUGAAUACGCCCGCAUGCCAGUCCAUCUGAGCGAUCGCAGCUGCCCAAAGAACUAUCCCAAGAAGAUGCGUCGCGCCCAUGAGGGUCCAUCCACCGAGGAGGGCUGCUGGGAGAAGGUGGGCAUCAACUGCCUGCGCGUGUUCGUCUGCAUUUUCGAUUGAUCCGACCGCGCAGAUGAUCCUCAAUAGACUUUUUUCAUUAACGAACAUUAGCGCUUAUGAGUUACA